CUCUAUUUUAAUUCAAGGAGUAACAUUGUGUAUUGUAUAUGCUUUUUUACAUCUGUAAUUAGUAAGAGGAUGAAUAAUCAUUAAAAAGCAAAAUUAGUUAAAAUACUCUAAGAUAAAAGAUAAAGAAGUAUGCAGAAGAAGAGUCCUAGUAAAUUGGUAAUGAUACUGGAAAUAAGAGAAUUUUAUUAAAGGUUUAAUUUUUAAGUUAAGUAGAUUGAUGGUAAAUUCUGAUUUUGCCUUUAAAUUAUCGAAUCAAAGGCAUUAUUAAUAAGUUGCUUUUGAAAAGAUGGAAUAAUAAUAAUCCCUAUGUUGGUACUACAAAUAUUGUGGUUAAAGUUUAUUGAAGUAUAGUACUGAGUGUAUAAUGGAAAAGUGAAUAAGAAAUAGAAGAGAAC